UUAAACAUCCGGCAGCACUGACUGUCCGUCGUGUAAUCCGCAUUAAAGAGAAACUAUCCGACAUUUACAACUGCAUCUGCAGCCAGUGCAGCAGCACUAGUAGCAGUAAGAGGAUUUGGGAAGCAGUCAGCACCGAGAUGUCCACCACCUCUCAGAAGCACAGGGACUUUGUGGCCGAACCCAUGGGGGACAAACCAGUCACCGCUCUGUCUGGCAUCGGUGAGGUUCUGGGCAAGAAGCUGGAGGAGGAGGGAUUUGACAAAGCAUUUGUGGUGUUGGGUCAAUUCCUCUUGCUGAGGAAGGAUUCUGAACUCUUCUGCGAGUGGCUGAAGGACAUCAGUGGGGCCAAUUCUAGACAAGCUGCCUCCUGUUCUCAGUGUCUGACUGAAUGGUGCAACGCUUUCCUUUGAUUCUGGACGCUCACGUGUGGCUGUUAUAUUAAAAAUUCUAAAUAUCUGCUUGAACUUUCAGUAGCUAUGCAGGAGCAAUUAGGAUUUCUGAUGUAUGUCGUUGAAUGUAUGGAACUGUCUCAAAAAAACAAAUGUGUAUCUACAAAGUCCUAACUGAAUGUGUUCUGAAUGUUUAUAUAACUGAAAAUAAAGCUGACUUGUUUUUUCAUUGGUGUCCAGUGACUCCAGGGUUGGUCUGCUGGCUAAUAAAGUACAAUCACAUCAUUUAGUGCUUUAACAC